AGAGCUUGUAUAAAUAAGCAAACGGGGGCAGAUUCUGACCGUCAUUUAUGUAAAUUUGAACCUCUGCAACUGAGACAAUCGCACAUAUUGAGCACAGAUACCUUCAGCUACUUCAUGUGACUGUUGACUUGGAAAGUAAUUAAAUAUGAUCGACUGCAACAUAUGAACUCAUUGAAAACUCAACAAAUCCACAAGCUUCUUCUGAAAAACCAUCUGACUUCAGUACAGGCAAACAAUGAGGCCUGUGACUACUGCCCUCUGGGCGACAGCCAUGUUGGUGGGACUCCAGCUGAGUGCUUUAUCCCCUGACGACAUCGUAGACCUCUCAUCAAAAAACCUCUCCUCCGUCCCGAGAGACCUGCCCCAGACGACUGAGAUUUUAGACCUUUCAUGCAACCACAUACAGCAGCUUCACCGAGGAGACUUCAAAAACACCACUCUUCUGAAGUUCCUCAACAUUUCCUGGAAUAGUUUGGAGGAGAUCGAUCCAGAGACGUUCCUCGACACGCCACUCUUGGAGAAUCUAGACCUGUCGCACAACAGGCUGACAAACCUGACAGGUCAGCAGUACCUCCUCCACACACAGAACCUUGUGGUGCUAAAUCUGACCCACAAUGUGUUUCUCACAAUGACACUGGGGAGUGAGUUCGGUUCCCUAGUAAAACUGGAGAGAUUAGCACUUGGAGCAAAAAAUAUCAGUAUGGGUGAUUUCAAGAAUAUUGCGGAAGUGAAGCUUCAUACGCUGACCCUUUGCCUUGAGGAUGCACUGGAUUAUGAAAGAGGCAGUCUGAACGAUGUUCAUGCUUACAGGCUUCAGAUGGCCUUCACUGGGCAUCAAAUAAUGGGCUGUGAUCUGUUUGCUGAUGCUCUGUCACUCUUUGUUGAAGUGGAGUUGACAAAUUUGACAGAAGGCUACAAAGACCUCAGUAGGCGGAUGAGUGAGAGAGCAGAGAUCCACACAUCACAUCAUUAUCUCACCAACAUAUCAAUCACAUGGGCCGACUUAACUCACUAUGUAAAUACGGUUCUGCGUACAUCUAUUGCCCAUCUGAGUGCCUCUGAUGUGAUCAUAUCUGAAUUGCCUUAUGUAGACACUCCGGUGGUUGAAACAUCUAAAAUGAAGUCCUUCACAGCCAGAAGGGCAGUGGUGAAUUCCUUCUUCUUUUCACAGGAGGCUGUAUACAACUUUUUUAUGAAUCAGCCAGUUGAGACUUUAGCACUUGUUGAGACUUCAAUCAUACACAUGACGUGCCCCAAGUUGCAGAGUCCUAUCCUCGAGCUGGACUUCUCCUUUUGUGCUCUAUCUGACACCAUCUUCUCCAGAGUGGAGGGUCAACAAAGAGUUGAAUGUGAGAAUUUGGGUAAUGUGAGGAAAUUGACUCUGGUAGGUAACAAUCUUAAGAACCUUCAGUUGUUGAGCAAACGCAUGCAAAACAUGAAGUCCCUGCAACAUCUGGACCUCAGCCUCAACUCUCUGUUUUAUGAUGGUCUUGAAGAAUGUGUUUGGCCACCAGACAUCACCAAUAUGAAUCUGUCGUCUAAUGGCCUGACAGACUUGGUUUUUAAAUGUCUACCAAAAGGAACAGAGAUACUGGACCUUCAGAACAACCAGGUUUCUGUAAUACCAUCAACCAUCUUGGAAUUAAAAAACCUUUCAUUUCUGAAUCUAAAUUUUAACAGGAUGCGGGACCUGCCAGCUUGUAAUGGUUUUCCUUUGCUGAAUGAGCUUCUGCUCAAGUCAAAUUCCCUCCAUGCCCCAUCUGUGAACAAACUGGAAAGCUGCCCCCAGCUGAAAAUCCUGGAUGUCAGUUCGAACCCUUUCACCUGCACCUGUGCUCUGAGAAGUUUCAUAAGUCUUGGCAUCAAGUCUGAAAAGAGUCACACAGGAAUUGAACUGUUAAGCUGGCCAUUGGGCUAUCACUGCACCUACCCAGAGGUAGUCAGAAACUCCAUCUUGAACAAAAUCUCGAUCCCAGAGGUGUCCUGUAAUGUUGGCCUUCUAGCUACCGCCAUCUUGUGCCCAGCAGUGGUCAUGAUUAUUGCAGUUGUGUCCCUGUGCCAUCGUUUGGAUGUUCCCUGGUAUAUAGGCAUGAUCUGGCAGUGGACCAGAGCCAAACAUCGUGCCAGAACUCGACAAGUUCGACCCGAAGAUCUGGUGGGUAUUGAGUUUCAUGCUUUUGUGUCUUACAGCCAGCAUGACGCAGACUGGGUGCACAAUUAUCUCCUCAAUAACCUUGAAGGCCCCGCCGGAGGGCUCCGAAUCUGCCAUCAUGAGAAAAACUUUGUGCCAGGGAAGACAAUUGUUGAGAACAUCAUCAACUGUGUGGAGAAAAGCAGACGCUCCGUGUUUGUGCUCUCUGGUCACUUCGUAAAGAGCGAGUGGUGCCAUUAUGAGCUGUACUUUGCCAGCCACCAACGCCUUGCUCAAGGCUCAGACAGCGUUGUGCUGGUGCUGCUCGAGCCUCUGCCUCAAUACCUGAUCCCAUCCAAGUACUACCAGCUGAAGUCCAUGAUGGGCCGACACACAUACUUGGAGUGGCCUCAGGACAGGGCCAAGCACAGGUUGUUCUGGGCUAACCUCAGGGCUGCCCUACAGGCAGACCUGCCAAAUGUACCAGUCACAGAACUAGAGGAGUGACUGUGGAAGCAACACUUAAUAAAGAUAAGGAAGGGAAAGAGGAAGUGUGAGUGUGGUACAGUUGGUUGUUCAUUUUCAAGUAUCCUUUAACUUUAACUUUUUUGAGCUAUGGCGUAUAAUUAUUAAUCUUGUACUAUGAGCUGGAGAUUAAGACUGUUCUUGUAAUAAUUCAUAUAAUUCCUUGUAAUAAUUCAUAUAAUUCCAU